AAAGUUGAUCGUCUGAUUGCCGAGAUGAAAAAAACAUUUCUGAAAUGUCCAAAACGGAUCGCUAUUUUAAAUGAAAAAUGUCCGGAUAUUCCAAAUCCACCUAAACCAAUCACUACCCGUUGGGGUACAUGGAUUACAGCAGUCGAAUAUUAUUGCAUAUAUUUAAAUGAAAUAAAAAGUGCAGUUGAAGAAUUCAACGAGAAUGCCCAGUGUGUGAAUGUUGUAAAAGAGCUUAUAAAAGAUCAAUCUCUAUAUUCAAAUCUCGUCUACAUUACAACAAAUUUUGGAUUUUUACCACAUGCAAUUACACAAUUAGAAAAAAGAGGCGAAACCUUGGCAAAAAGUAUAGGCUUGUGUUAGAAGCAAAACAAAAGUUAGAGGAAGCUAAUGGUGAAGUAGCGAAAUUG